CCUCUGUGGGGUCGUCCAGGGUCUGAAGGAUGUAGGCUGGGUGGACGUGCCCAUCGUUGCCAUGGAAACAGUUGGUGCAGACUGUUUGAAUGCUUCCGUUAAGACGGGAAGCAUCGUCACCUUGGAUGAAAUCACCAGGUGGCGAGCGUAGUUGCGGAGUACAUGAGUUGAUCUGCGUCAGAAAAGUCUCUCCGGAGGUGCUUGGAUUUCUGACAGCCAUCGGGCUCUUCAUUAUCCUCAUGACUCUUCUCUUCUGGUACUUCAACAACAAGUUGACACUCGAGAAUGCAGGGAGCCUUCAGUGCCUUGAUGACUUCAAGAAAAAGACAGGAUUGCAAGAUAAGGUUUACGAUGAUGGUCACCAAAAUGCAGCAUCAUCAUCAGACAGUGAGGACGAAUUGUUGGGUCAGUAUCAAGAAGCGGUCAGUCGUGCCCAAGGUCUCAGAGGUGGAGCCAAAGUGUCUGCUAAUGUCAAACAUGCGGGACGGUUCAGGUGGGAGAACCGACAGAAGUACAGUCCCCUGAUGUCAAAUUUUGACGGCUACAGCAGUGACGCCUCAGUCGAUGUAGCCAACUGCAUCCAGAGAAUGAGGCGGACACCCCCACUGGAUGAACUCCAGCCACCGCCAUAUCAGGAUGAAAAUGGAUCCCCAAGAAUGUCUUACACGCUGUCAGACCUGGGUGAUGCCAAGUGUGAUCUCUCACUGACCUGUGGUAGCCCCCACUUUUCCUUUCGCAAAUGCACCAGUGAGGGAAGUGAGGGCCAAGAGACAGAGGGUUAUCUCAACAAGGGCUAUGAGGAGGAUGUGCCCAGCGACAGUACCGCUGUCCUCAGUCCAGAGGAGAUGUCAGUCCGCGGUUCAGCUGUACAGCUCCCCAAAGGCUACGAAUCAGAUCAGGUUGCAAAAUACGGUACUCUUGAUGUAGUGUUUGACUACGAUCCAGAGGAGCAGCAGCUGGCGGUGACCAUCGUGGCAAUAACGGACCUCCCCAUUCUAAAACACACUGGCAACAUUUCCUGGCAGGUUCACCUGGUGCUACUGCCUACAAAGAAGCAGAGGGCAAAGACAGGUAUCCAAAGAGGCCCAUGCCCCCUCUUCACAGAGACCUUUCACUUUUGCCAUAUGGAGUCUGAGUUGAUCAGCAACUACGCCAUCAGAUUUCGACUUUACAGUAUGCGGCAGAUGAAGAAGGAGAAGGUGCUCGGGGAAAAUGUGUUUUAUCUCACCAAGCUCAACCUUCAGGGAAAAAUGUCUGUGCCGGUCAUUCUAGACCCUUGCUGCACAUACCCAGGUGCUGAAUCCCAACUCAGUCUCUCAGACAUGACGUGCAGUGAAAGCGCCUCAUCGAUCCCAUCAGACAGUCAAACUUCCACACCAGAAAUCCUGGUGGGCCUUGUGUACAAUGCAACAACGGGACAUCUCUCUGUGGAAGUCAUCAAAGGCAUACAUUUCAAGAACCUGGCUACCAAUAAGCCACCCAACGGGCUGUUCUGUUGUCUUAAACACUUGAUAGGUGGACAGGUUUAUAUUAUCAGAGACACGUACGUUAAGCUGACCUUACUGAAUUCCAUGGGCCACGAGAUGUCCAAGUGUAAAACAUCUAUCUGCCGAGGCCAACCCAACCCAACCUACAAAGAGACAUUUGUCUUCCAGGUUGCCCUUUUCCAGCUAUCGGAUGUAACGCUCAUUCUCUCUGUCUACAACAAACGCAGUAUGAAACGCAAGGAGAUGAUUGGCUGGAUCUCUCUGGGGCUCAACAGCUCUGGAGAGGAAGAGCUCACCCACUGGACUCUGAUGAAAGAGUCCAGAGGACAGCAGGUUUGCCGCUGGCACAUUCUGUUAGAGUCCUAGUUGUACUAUAAACGUACACAGGAAUAUGACCACAAACCUUCUGCACUGGUCAAUUGAGCAGGGUAAAAGCAGAUGGGAGCAAAUGGGACUCUUCCUCAGAAUCCGCGUGUUGGUGAUCAAGCUGAAUCAACCACUAAUCACUUUUGAAUUCUAAUCAAAUUAAUUGCAAGCUCGAAAGACGCAAAUAUCCCGUGCUCUGAGAAAAUGUGCAAAGCCUUUACAUCAGGGGAGCCCAACCUUUUUUGACCAAAGAUCAACAUUUCAAGAAACCAACCUCCCAAAGUGGACCUGUUACCACACAUACAUGCCUAUACACACGAACAAGCACACACCCACCCACGGGCACGUAUGCACACACGCACUAAUGCCAUGAUGACCAAGAGCCGUAUAGGCCCCUAAAGUGAACGAAACUGAAAAAUAAAGUAGAUACAAUUCAUUCAUUCAUCUUCCGAGCCGCUUGAUCCUCACUAGGGUCGCGGUGGGUGCUGGAGCCCAUCCCAGCUGUCUUCGGGCAGUAGGCGGGGGACACCCUGAAUCGGUUGCCAGCCAAUCGCACACAGAAACGAACAACCAUUCGCACUCACACUCACACCUAGGGACAAUUUUAGAGUGUUCAAUCAGCCUGCCACGCAUGUUUUUGGAAUGUGGGAGGAAACCGGAGCACCCGGAGAAAACCCACGCAGGCCCGGGGAGAACAUGCAAACUCCACACAGGGAGGCCGGAGCUGGAUUCGAACCCGGUACCUCUGCACUGUGAAGCCGACGUGCUAACCACUGGACUACCGGGCCGCCAGUAGAUACAAUAGUUUGUGAAAAGGAGAUCACUGCCUACCUCAGUAGGGACCUGACACGGAGGCAUCGGACACACUUUGACAGCGUGUGAAGUACAGAAACUAUCGUAGGUCACCAUGUUAAUGACCGUUGCUCACGUGUACCGUUUUAAAAUGCUGCUCCUGUGGCUCUCGAUUCUCAUUCUUGGCCAGUGCCAUCGGUGAAUUGCAGAUGAAACAAACUUUGAAGGAGAAGAAUAAAAACAAACGAUACAUCGGGACAGCUGUGAUCACAAGCUGCAAUUGCAGACUGCUGACAGCUUCUGCUGAUGCAGGUCACUGUAGGUUAAAGGUGACCUGCUUUUGUUAUUUUAUUUUGGAAAUACUUUUUUGUGAAAAUGAAAUGGAUGCAGUGUACACUAACACAAAAAUGUAUAAUAUGAAUAACACGCACACAGGCACACGUGUGCCCCCCGCCCCAUUUCCCCCUGCAAACCGGUCCGCCGGCUACCGGUCGAUCAUGAUCAACUGGUUGGGCACCCCUGCUUUAAAUGGUUCAAAAAUUACAGUGGAACCUCCAAGGUUGAACUUUCCAGAGCAUUGUUUUAUGUUACAUUCUAAGAUGUGCAGUACAUGUCAUACACACUCAGAUUUUUUUAGGGCUAACAUAUAAGGUUUAUGUAUUUCAAUUGCAUAUAAGAUUUCCAUCCAUUUAAAUUACUUAAAUAUAUAUUGCCAGCCAAAUGUAAAUGAAACAAUUAACAAUGAGAGUUAUGUCAAAUAUCUAAUACAUGAAAUUUUGUGAAUAAACAAUGACAGAUCGAUAUAUUCAGCAUGAAUAGAUUCAACGUGUUUCAAACACUUAAGAAAGAAAAAUUGGACGCACCAUUUUCACAUUUGGGGUAUGACGACGCGCCAACAUCCACAUAGCAAUAAAUUUGAUCGCAUCAAACGUUUUAAAAUAUACUUGCCUUCUGCUGGAAUGACGUCAAGUUAUCAUAAAGGAUGCAUACCUUUUGUAGCAUAUAUCCAGGGUGGACUUUCACUUUUUCUCCCCUCGCCUUGUUCCUCGCACUUCCCGUGGAACCACCAGUCCCUCGAUCCCGCUGGUAUGAAUCUUUUCCGACAUAUCUGGCGGCGAUCGGAAGUGACAGAUAUUCUGAUGUCUUUUAUGUCUGAGCAUUUUUGGCAGGGAAAUUCAAGCAAAACUUCGGAAUUUUGGAGAAAAACUUUUGAGGUUCCACUGUAUUGUUCAACUUCUUUUCUUUUGUUAAUUCACAAUAUCUCAAUUUGGGAUAUUUAAAGCCAACACUGCCAGCCCAUGUCAACUUUGUUUUAGCCUAGAUUUGUGUAACAAAACAAACAGUGAAAGCGAUGGCACAAACUAAACAAUCUGGUGUCACCGACAGGACGUUGUGUUAAUGUAUUGAAGUCAUUACUUUCCAGUGAACAUAUGAUGCAUUCCAAAAAAAAAAGCGUCCUAGAUGUCUUUGGAAUUUCAGCAAAAUACUCCAUGGAAAAAUAAUUUGAGCGCAAUCUGCACCUUCUUUUUUGAGCCUCACAGAAAACAGGAUUUGAGGCGGGUGUCCAGUCUCUUGCAAAUGAGCCACUGAUCCCUCGGCUGUGGACUGUGAGACAAAAGUAGCUGCAGCUUUGCGUUGCCAUGAUGAUUGCGAAGGAUGGAGCAACUUGCGAGACAAGUCCCAUAAAGACAUUCAAAAGAUCAAUUGUAUUUUGCUGGAAGGAGGCGGAACGUCAUCGCCGUGCAUUUGCCUAUUCGUGUGCGGAUCUGUGUAUGUGGCAUAUGCACCGGAUUUAUUGGCAAACACAAAGGGCCCGCAGACAUGUUGAAUCUAGCAUUCAUGUCAUAGCCGUUAAAGCGAUAUUCCUGGCCUACGUUUUCGUCCAUGCUCGACACGAUGAGACAAAUGAAGUAUUGAAUGAAUAUUCUUCUGAAAGACGGCCCUUUUUGAACAGCUUCCAUUCUUAAUGAUGCCAACUCUGGUGCUAUGUGGCCGCUUUGCUGCUCACAAAGAAUUCCUUGCCUCAUGGCCUCAUCCUUUUGGAGUUUUUCUGUAAAAGAAACCAAAUCAUAAACAAGGGUACUGCAUGAUUACUGGCAUGUUAUACAGCACUCCACUCUCGAACUGUACUGUGUGGACAAUUUUAAAAAAUAAAUACAGUGAUCCCUCACUUAUCGCCGUUAAUGAGGAGCAAGAACCGGCGCGAUAAGUGAAAAACCGCAAAGGAGGGUUUGCGUCCCCACCCCAGGAAUUUUUGUGUUAGUGUACAGUAUGUAGGUACCAGCAUGUUUAAAAUAGUAAUUAACGUUCAUCAGCACUGCCUUUGAGAGAGGCGAAGAGACUUAUGUUGGUGACGUAGAAUGCUUUCACUUGACAUUCUGAUGGUGUAGGCACCGUUAGCCUCCAGCUAGCUUCUGGCCAGCUAUCCCCUCGCAGCCGAUGUGUUUAUGAUAAGACAAUUCAUCGGGAUUGAUGA